AUGGAGGGUGGCGCUGGCGAGGAGCGUGGAUCUCCGCACGCGCGGCCACCGGAGGACUCACCGGACUGGAUGCCCGUCGCUCCGCCGGUGUCGACGCCUGGCUGCACAACCACUCCACCCGACGUCGCGCCGCCGGCCUCGACGCCCUCUGCCACCGGCAGCCACCGUCUCGACGUCCUCCGCUGCCGCCAACCACCGCCUCGACGCCCUCCUCCACCGCCAGCCAACCCCACUCCGCCCGACACAGCGCUGCCGGCCUCGACGCCCUCCUCCAUGGCCAGCCAUCGCCUCGACGCCCUCCUUUGCCGCCAGCUUACCACUGGCGGCUAG